AUGUGGCCCGCAGGUUCGCCGACGGCGCUCGCCACCGCGACCUCCGUGGCCGUAUUCCUGACGGUGGUCGUCGGAAAGUUUGGACGGAUAAGCUCUACCCCCGUCCAACAACCAGGAAAAUUUCCGUCGCUCAACCAUUUCAUAAAGCACUAUACGCCUGCGGAAUAUGACCGGGACGGCUUGUUAGAACAGCACCGAAGGAUGCGCAGGGACGCCGGCGCUAGUAAUCGACAACUGCAAUCGCCAUUACGGCUCACCAUCGCCACGCCACACAGGACGUUCAAAAUGUUGCUGACGCCAGACCAGAAACUAUUCGCUGAUGACGUGGUGUUCGAGGGCUCGAAUGAUCGUCCAAUACCGUUUGAUCCAGGCAAAGCUUACGUCGGCACAUUGGAAGACGAGGAGACGGUGACCGUGCGUGGCAUCGUGACAUCCGACGGACUUUUCGACGGUACCAUCAGCACGGCCGCCGAGGAAUUCUUCGUGGAACCAUCGUCGCGGUAUGGCGACGGGUCGCCGCUGCCAUACCACAGCGUCGUGUACCGGUUGUCGGAUGUGGACGGCCCAAAGGCGGCCGGCGGUGGUUGCCGGUCCGAGGCGCUGCGCGGACGACGGUCGGCCAAUAACGGACACGCCGACGCGGAGAGGCUGGUGAACCAGACGUACGACACGGAGGGUGUGAUACUGGUGCGAUCGCCAAACGGCACCAUCGUAAACCGGAGCAGGCAGUCAGCCACCAGCAAGACGUCCGUGCCAAAGCCCAACUGGUACGACCCGAACGACCAGCGCAAGAUGACCGGGGUCGGUGACGAGGCCAGCAGCAACCUAGUGGUAGACGACAGCGGCAGUUACGAUCCGUUCGAGAGCCGCAAGAAGGGGCUGGGCGGGUUUGUCGACAACCGGAAGACCACGUGCAUGCUGUACCUGCAAGCCGACCACCUGUUCUACGAGAAGUACGGCAGGGAAGAGACGUGCAUCGAAGUUAUGACUAGGCACGUGCAGAGGGUGAAUGCCAUUUAUAGAAACACUGACUUUAAUCAAGACGGCAAACCAGACAAUAUAAGCUUCAUGAUUAAGAGGGUGAAAGUGCAUUCUAACCCAGACCCUACCUACAAGUUCCUGGGGAAUUACGGAGUAGAAAAGUUUUUAGAAAUAUUUUCGGAGGAAGAUUACGAUGCCUUUUGUUUGGCUUACAUGUUUACGUAUAGAGAUUUCGAAAUGGGUACUCUAGGUUUAGCGUGGACCGGAGAUUUGAAGAACGCCGGCGGUGUAUGUGAAAAAAAUGGACAUUACCGGGGUAGUUUAAAAAGUUUGAACACCGGUAUAGUGACGCUAUUGAAUUACGGAAAACAUGUACCUUCCGCAGUGUCUCAUGUUACAUUAGCACACGAAAUUGGCCAUAACUUUGGUUCGCCGCACGACCCCGAAACAUGUACACCCGGCGGUGACGACGGUAACUAUAUUAUGUUCGCUCGAGCAACUUCAGGCGACAAGAAAAAUAAUAAUAGGUUUUCGCCGUGUAGCUUGUCUGCUAUAAAUCCUGUACUAAACGUCAAAGCCAGAAGCACUAGAGGAUGUUUCACCGAACCCCAAGCAUCAAUUUGUGGUAACGGCGUUGUUGAACCCGGUGAAGAGUGCGAUUGUGGAUGGGAAGAGGACUGCAAAGACGCGUGUUGUUUUCCACAAAGAAGAUAUUCACGACCCGAAGAACCACCGUGUAGAUUGACGGCAAAUAGUGUUUGCAGCCCUUCACAGGGACCAUGUUGCACGAAUGAAUGCAAUUUGAAAAUAGGAGAUCUUUGUCGUAAUGACAACGGUUGCCGAGAUGCUAGUUACUGCAAUGGGAUGACUCCUACCUGUCCUGCUUCUAUUAACAAGCCAAAUAAGACUGUAUGCAAUGAAGAGUUUGUGUGCUACAUGGGAGAAUGUACUGGAUCUAUAUGUCUUGCAUAUGGACUUGAAUCCUGCCAAUGUUUACCUACCCCUCAGGACUCUCCUACUAAAGCGUGCGAAUUGUGUUGUAAGCUACCUGGUGAAAAUCAACCUUGUUUGUCAUCAUAUUCUUGGAAUAACGUGCCAUACGACAUACCAGAUAUGUAUUCUAAGCCAGGUACUCCGUGUAACGACUACAAUGGGUAUUGUGAUGUAUUUCAAAGAUGUAGAGAGGUUGAUCCAUCAGGACCUUUAGCAACGCUUCGAAAGUUGUUGUUAUCCGAAGAAAGCAUUGCCUCAUUUAAAAAAUGGGCUAUAGACCAUUGGUAUUAUUCUGGUCUAAUUGUGGCCUCUUUCCUACUGAUGCUAGUUCUAAGUACGCGGUUGUUUGGAAAGCGAUCCGAUCCAAAAUUGAAAUCAGUGACGAUCAUCCACAGUUCGACCACAGAAACUGUCCGGUUGCCAGCUGACGGCGACAAUCAAAACGUUACUGUUCAUCCAGCUGCCGUGCGUUCAAAACUUCCAUUGAAAAAACGCGUCCGUGAAAAACGUAACGUAAACAACAACAACAACAGUCCCGCGAAAAAGAGUCGCAAGAAUGUUGCAGCCGAGGAGGAGUCGACGACAGAGACGUCUUCACCCAAAAAGGUUGGACUAGCUCAGAAGAAAGAACGGAAAACGAGGCGAAAAAAAUCGAAAGGCGUCAUCGACUACAGCGUCGCCCAGAACAAAGUGCUCGUGGCGAACAAAAAAACACCCGAAGACGAUUCGCUGGGUAAGGUCCGCAAUUGGCUGUUGAACUCGCAUCACAUAGAGGCUCUUGGAGGCACGCUGAGGAAGUCAAAGUCGUCGCCGGCCGGCUUCGCAAACCCGCCCGAACCUGCCAGACCGGUGCCCAAAGCUCAACAAAAAACCAAAGACAAUCAAGUUAGUUUGCAGGUAGUGUAUAAGCCCCCGUUCAAGUUUAGCGUCAAGCUCAGCAAGUCCAAGCCGGAUCUGACGAAAGACAAGCGGCCGGACCGGACCAAGCAGCGCGCGGCUCUGUUGAUCCGGGCCAACCGGGUGCGCGGCGGUGGUGGUGCCGGCGGUGGCGCUGCCAAGCAACAAGCGAAAAAGCAGCAACAGCAGCAGCCCAACGGUGGCAGGGCCGCCAAGCAGGAGCCGAAGAACGCGUCGGCUGCGGCCUCUGCGGGCAGACUGCAACCAGCCGAGCCCAUAUACGAGAACAACGCGGCCAUCGACUUGCUGCGCAUGUCGUCCACGGAGCACGACGGCCACCAGCCGAUAUUUCCGGUGGCCGCGUCGCCGCCGAACAAACAGAGGAAGUCGUUCGCCGGCGUAGACGUGAAAACCGACGAGGCUUCCCGGCCAAAGCGGAACAGCGUUCCACAGCAACAACAACAGCCGAGCACGUCGGGCAACAGCAAUCUGAUGCGGUUCCCGUCCACCGAAAACAAGCAGGCCAACAACGACAACAACAACGGUCCCGCGGCCGCCACUAACGCGAGUAAAUCCGACGAAAAAACGUGAUAGUCGCGCGACGAGGUAAUUUUACGAAUUUUUUUUGUUCAUCAUCAUCAUUAUUAUUAUUAUUAUAUCGACUAUGUACGAAUGUACGAUACUCUCUUUCCUCUAUCGUUAUGAUGACUGACGACGUCGUUAAUUCAAGUUUUAAUUUCGUCAGUCUAAUUCCGAUCGGAACCGUGGACAACUGCACGUGCCUACCGCGGCACUCGUGAUCUCAGCCCCGAAGCCCUUCCCCCCCCCUCACCUCAACCCGCCACACGCAUCAACUUCCGUUUUUAUACGUCUCGUUCGUGACUAUCGUCAACAGGUCCAAUCCGUCUUCGCCAAUCAGUGAUAGACGUACUAUUAUUUCAUUGCGGUGUUGGACGGUAAAUUUCAAUUUUCGCGUAGAUCUAUUGAAUCGUUAAACGACGUUAAUACGAGAGAAAAAGAAAAAAACACAAAAUAUACAUUGCGAACGAUAUUCCAAACGGUCUUUAUCGAGUAUUAAUUUUUUACGAGUUUUCCCAUUUUAUUUAUAUACAUAUUAUAUUAUUAUAUAAUAUAAAACCCCGAGAUUUCGAAACAUAAAAACACGAAAACGCAUCCAUCACAAAUAUUAUACUAUACAACACUGUUGUAGGUAAUAAACGAAAUUGUAGUCAUUUUUAUAAUAAAAUAAAUGAGUUUACCUCCGUUUUAUUUCCUUUCUUUGCUAACAGUAGUUGGUUUCGGACAAUGGGUUUGAAAAAUCUACAGACCUUUUUAUUUCUACAUAAACUAACCCCAAUAACAAUAUAAUAAAAACCCCGUUGUCGUGAUUAAUUUAUCGAGUUUGGCAACACAUCAAUUCAUUCUCCUCGGUGCAAUAACGUUAUGAUCAAAUAUUCAAAUCGUCAGUAUUAUGCAAUAUUCAUGUCGUAUAAUAUUUUAAGAAUAUGAAAUUGUGUAUGAUUAUUUUGUCGUACGGAUGUAUAUUAUUUAUUAUUUAUAGAAGAUCUCUUGUUUUGUUUUAAGUUUAUUUUUAACUAUAUGAUGGCAACAAUGCAUGUUUAAUACACAAUUAUUGCCUCAUGUAAUAGGAACAAACCUCGCCUUUUUUAAAUUUUAUUUUAUAGUAUUCAAUAAAAAUCUAUGCAAUAUUAUAAGGAAAAAACAAUGAACUAUUAAUAUGAAUAUCUUUCAACUUGUAUGCUGUCAGUUAGGUUAUUCGUUCUGAUUCUGUUAUGACAUAAUAAGGAGUCUUCCAUUUCAAUCGUUUUCCUCACAUUACAUAUUACAUGCAUAUUUGAUAUGAUAUGGUUAACAUAAACAAAUCUUUACUUUGUUUAUUGUUUGCUGCUACUUACUUAAUUGUAUGUUUUCCAUUUAAUAAGUAUUUAACUAAAUAAAUAAAAAAAAACUACACUCAUAUAUAUUAAGCUAAUAAAAUAAAAUAAAUUACAAACAGUAUUAAUAAAUUAUUGUAUUGAACAAAAUUAGAUUUUAUUUGUUGAUUUAAAAUUAAAUUCGCUGUGCCGAAUGUCUAAUAUUUGCUAAAGUAAAAAUGUUAUUUUAAUCUGUUAAAAUAUUUGCCAAAUUAAUUUUUUAGUGUUUUUUUUUUAAAUUUGUUAAAUUAAUUAAUUUAUAUAAAUGUUACCAUAAUAUUCUUAAUUAAAGAAUAACAUUACAUUUUAAUGAAUAUUGUGGAUAAACAAAUUUUACUUUCAUCGAUAUGAUUCCGAACUUUCCUCAGGUAUUUUUUACAUAUUUUGUUUAUAUUUUUUGACUUACCGACACCUAAAAAUAUUUUUUAUUCAAUUUGUUCAACAAAACGUUAAAUUUACAAAACAAUGGCUGUGUUGUACUGAUAUUUUUACUGUACUAUUAUAGAAAAUAAUGUAUGUAUAUCAAUCAGAAUGAUAAUCAUGUAUUAGUUUCUUGCAUUUCAAUAAAUAGCUCAAUGUUAUACAUACUUAUUCCUACUGCAAUGUCGUUUGUACAUUAAUUAUAAAUUUUGUUUUAUUUAAAAAUAAUAUUUGUACAUAAAAAUUACAAAUUAUAAAUUAUAUGACGUACCUAUUAAUAAUAUAAAUGUCUGUCGUUCGUAUUGAAUUGACAACUAUUGUAAAACUGUACAUAAUAAAAUAAAUUAUAAUUCUUGGAUUUUUAAAAAAUUUAUUUUAGUGUAGUCGUAUAAUUUUUGAGUAGCUAAAUUAACACGUGUUAAGAAAAUCAUUUCACUAUUUUUUAUUUACUACCUUAGAAAAAAAAGUACGCUAACAUCUUUUUAUUAGUAAUAAUUUGAAAAUAAAACUUAACAUUGAUAUACAUAAGAUUUUAUUAUUCCUACAAUGACCACGCUAUUUUUUUCUUAACUUUGCUAAAUAUAUUCUUCAGUGCCAAAAUUUAUACUUGGUAACAUUUUUGUGUGCGUGUGAGAGUUAUUCAUGUGUUAAUUUUUCCUUAUUAUUAUUAAAAACCAACAUGAAGAUAAGAUAAAAAACGAUUUCAGACGACAAAAAUAAUAUUAACAUUAUUGUGUUGUCUUAAAACUUAUUGUAAGAUGUUGUCGUAUGUAAUCUUCAAGAUGUGUAAUAUUAUGUUGUAUUUAUUUCUGCAUAAGCUUCGAGAUGUGUAAUACUUAUUAUAUUAAUUUAUCAUUAUUAUUUUUUAAUUUUAUAUGAAUUACUGAUUAUGCUUAAUUGUGAUAUAUUAUGCGUAACCUGUAACCAUGUUAGUUUAGUUUUUAGAUUUUUUUUUACACUUACGAACUAAUUGUAUUAUAUUUUAACAAUGUACCGAUUGUGCAGUAUUGUGAUUUGUUAAGUUGUUUAUUAUUAUUUUUUAUUUCAUUUAAUAUUAUUUUAAGAUUUCAUACUAAACAAAAUGUGAUACCCUACUUAAUUGUAUGUCCAAGUCCAACCAAGUAUUUUUUAAGACCAUUAAAU